ACUUGGGUGGGCACCCUGGGCCUGGAUCCAGGAAGCUAGGGAAGCGUAGCUCGGACUGCCACCACUUAGAGAAGCCAUGAGUUAAAUGCAAUGAGUUUAUUCUGAAAUCCAGCUCCAGGAACCGUGAGCUCUUUUAGGAGGUGGGGCGGUGCUGGUGGUACUUUCGGCCUCCGAACGCGAGAGGGCGUUGUGCUCCCCGUGUGGCCUGUUGGGAACUUGGAGUUAACUGAGCAAGCGCACUCAGGGCUCUUCUUUCGUCCCCACGUGUGUAACUUCCCGGCAACGUUUUCAAGUAAAAUGCCCAAAUUCAAGGCGGCCCGCGGGGCCGGGAGCCAGGAAAAGCAUGCGCCCUUGGCCGAGCAAAUCUUGGCUGGGGACGCGGUUCGGGCAGGGGCCCGGGAAAAGCGGCGCGGUCGCGGAACCGGAGAAGAGGAGGAAGAGUACGUUGGGCCGCGGCUGACCCGACGGAUUUUGCAGCAAGCGCGGCAGCAGCAGGAAGAGCUCGAGGCCGAGCAUGGGACUGGGGACAGGCCUGCGGCGCAGCGGGAGCGCACUACGCGGCUGGGUCCAGGAGUGCCACAGGAUAGAUCAGAUGAUGAGGAGUGGCCCACCCUGGAGAAAGCUGCCACAAUGACAGGGCCAGACUACCAUGCAGAGGUGGCUGUGGACCCUGAGGAUGAGCGUGCCAUUGAGAUAUUCAUGAACAGGAACCCUCCUGCCAGGCGCACCCUGGCUGACAUCAUCAUGGAGAAGCUGACUGAAAAGCAGACGGAGGUCGAGACGGUCAUGUCUGAGGUGUCAGGCUUCCCUCUGCCCCAGCUGGACCCCCGGGUCCUGGAGGUCUACCGAGGGGUCCGGGAGGUGUUGUCCAAGUACCGCAGUGGGAAACUGCCCAAGGCGUUUAAGAUCAUCCCUGCCCUGUCCAACUGGGAGCAAAUCCUCUACGUCACAGAGCCCGAGGCCUGGACUGCAGCUGCCAUGUACCAAGCCACGAGGAUUUUCGCCUCUAACCUAAAAGAACGUAUGGCCCAGCGCUUCUACAACCUGGUGCUGCUCCCCCGGGUGCGAGACGACAUCGCUGAGUACAAGCGACUCAACUUCCACCUCUACAUGGCGCUCAAGAAGGCUCUGUUCAAGCCUGGAGCCUGGUUUAAAGGGAUCCUGAUCCCGCUGUGCGAGUCGGGCACCUGUACCCUCCGGGAAGCCAUCAUCGUAGGUAGCAUCAUCACCAAAUGCUCCAUCCCGGUGCUGCAUUCCAGCGCAGCCAUGCUGAAGAUCGCAGAGAUGGAGUACAGCGGUGCCAACAGCAUCUUCCUGCGGCUGCUGCUGGAUAAGAAGUACGCGCUGCCCUACCGGGUGCUGGACGCCCUGGUCUUCCACUUCCUGGGCUUCCGAACGGAGAAGCGUGAGCUGCCCGUGCUUUGGCACCAGUGCCUCCUGACUUUGGUCCAGCGCUACAAGGCAGACCUGGCCACGGAGCAGAAAGAGGCCCUCCUGGAACUGCUCCGGCUACAGCCCCAUCCCCAGCUGUCUCCGGAGAUCAGGCGUGAGCUUCAGAGUGCCGUCCCCCGAGAUGUAGAAGAUGUUCCUGCCACCAUGGAGUGAGGAAGUGACACUUGUCCUUGUCUGAGGGGUGGGUGUGGGAGGACACCAGGAUUCCUGUUGGUGACUAAAAGUAACACUGAGCCUUUCCAGCUGAAGACCCAGUUGAGGGCUGUGAGAGGUCACGGUCAUCUGACUCCCCAGCACCUGUCAGGGAGGCCCAAGUCUGGCUGGCUCCUUCUUCCAUUCUGGGCCUGCAUCCCUACUCAGUUCUGGGAUCUGACUUGAGAUGCCACACCCUAGCACUCCCACUUCCCAGCUGGGGGUUGGAAUAGGCACUUUUUCUCAGGCUUUUGUCACUCGGUCACUGGAAUGUGGAUAAAAACAAAAGGUGGGUAUUUAUUGAA